GAUGGCCGGGACUUCUCGUUAUUUUCGUUCGGACGAUGAAAGUACGGAUAGUAUUGAAGAACCAGAUCAAAGUGGACGGUCAGGAAAAAGGAGCAUUCUGGAGGCGAUGUUAAAUUCCAACGAGACUGAGAGUCGUCAAUCGGCGAAGAGAAGUCGAGUAGAAGAACGUCCUGUGGUUACAUCGAAUCCAGAACAUGGCGUGUGGAUAAAUGUUUCCCCAAUCAAUUCACCUGUCACACCAAUACCAGCGUCUCCAUCAACGACAGCCUUGGAUUUUCCAACGAUAUCCAGAAGAAUUUCACAGUCGUUGGAAAAUCUCGCGGAAACGUCUGUACUUCGUAUCAUCACCGAAACUUCUCAAGAGAGUAAUAUAUCUGAGUUUCAUAGCUGGUUACUGAGUACUGUCAUACUGGAUGAUUUGAGCACUCGUGAAUCGCUCGGUAACUCAAAUACAAACCAGUUGACAAGUCGAGAGUUGGUGGUUCAGGCCAUUCAGCUCUACGAGAAUGUUGAAAGACUAUCACCGCGGGAACUAGUGAAUCUGCCAUUCAUUCCUAGUCCAAUGCGGUCUGACACCCAGUUAAUGGAGAUCCCAUUUCUCGAUCCUCUGUUGAUUGUGUUAUGGAGCGUGCACGUCAAUGAGAUUCCUUGGAUGCUCAACAUUUUGCCAUGGAGAAUCCUGGAUCGCCCUACUCGAGCGGGUCGCAGUAUUCUUGAGUGGAUCCUCAGACUCCGGAAUCUUCAUCAAUGGCUGGAGACUACCAGAGCUCCACCCAAUAUAGCGCUAAAAAUCGUCCGUUUUGUAAGGAAUCUUCCACGGUCAUAAAUAGUAUAGUGUAUGGCGAGGGAUAAAGCAUCACGAUUUAUAACGAAUGGCGUUCACAGCCCGGGCUAAAGGGUAAGCUGCUAUCACCUAAAAUCUAGAGUUGUAAUAAUCCCAUGCCACGUAUUAUAUUUUACAUCUCAUCUAAAUGUCAGUUGUCAAUCGAAACGAAUGAAUUUAAGAUCGAUAAUGCAUGCCUACAUUUACCUUAAUUUGUUAAUAAUAAACUGCGAUUAUGAUCUGGCUAAAGUACAGUCAGAAAUUUAUGUAAUGUAUAGAUGUUAAUUCAUGAUACAAGAAUCGAAACUUAAAGUUUUAGUACCACUACAGCCAGUCGAAACAAGCUACUUUCAGUCCAAUGCCACGAAUUAAUAUUAGCAA